UAAUAUUAACCGUUUCAAAUUUUCCAAUUCUUUUAUGUAGAUAUUAGUGUUGCAUCGGAACUCAGAACUGAAGAGACCUAGUACCAUAGAUAAAAUACUAAUUGAAUUUACUAUACUCGGAACUAAUGUACAUUGUCGACCUGUGAAAGCUCCAUCUUUCACCGGGAAAAUAUUGAUUUAAGUUUGUUGGGUGAUUAAUUUCACGAUUAAAAUGUUUUUUAAAAUUGCAUUCUUGAGUAUUUUUAAUGUUUAUUUAACAAGCGCUGCCCUUUUCCUAUGGAGUACUCAUGAACUUAACAUAUCCUCCUUACAAGAAUUUUCCACAAAAGAAUUUGCUGAUAUUGUACAAAAAUUGAAAAUUCCAGAUGUAUUUGUUUUCCAGAGUCCAAAUUAUUUGUCUGGUAAUAUAAAGUCUGCGAUGAAAGGAUUUUAUUCGAUCUAUAGUCCAAACGGAGUUUUGGAGUAUGAUAACAUAAUUGAACUUACUGGAAACUCUGAAGAAGAUUACAAUAUCAUUGAACAAAAUGUACAAAAUUCUACUAAUUUCAUAUCAGUCAUUAUAAUUCCUAACUAUGAACUGACUCGUUCAAAACGACAACUUGAUACCACUGAUACUAAUACAGAUCAAACUACUAAAGAUAUUCCUACAGGUCCAGUAAUUUAUAAGACAGUCAAUGUCAUUAAAAACGAUAUUUAUGCAUUACUAUAUUCUUCUAAACCUUUACUGUUCAAAAAGGAUGAUUCAGAAAUAUAUUUAGGGAAUGUAGCUGAUGAUAUGAUUAUUUACGAUACACGAUUAAAUAUUAAUAUUCCUCGAAGUAGCAGAGGAAAGAUUACAUUAAGAUUUAGCUUUUCUUGGCAAAAUGGAUACUGGUACAUGCCGUCUGUGAAGAUUACCGAUACACAAAGUAAUGGAGAUUAUAAUUUGUCUGCAGUUGAAAAUAUUUUUGCUCCAAAGUCUUUUUCUUAUCAUUGCAAUGGUGAAACAGUAUUCAGAGAUAAUUCAGGUGUGGAAUUACGUUUGUAUGACUUACAAGUUCAGAUAGAUUCGAAAAAUGGAAAAUUUGGAGAUGUAAAUGAUUGUGUCCCAUUCAUUACAGUACCCAUUUGGUCUGGACUAUUCAUUUCAUUUAUAUUAGGAAUUGGUUUGGUAAUAGCUUUGACGGCUAUUAUGGAUAUCAAAACAAUGGAUAAAUUUGACAAUUACAAAACUAAGAAUUUGGUUAUUACAGCAUCCGAUUAAAAUAUUGUUUUGUCAAUUUUUUCAUGUAGCUUAUCUUUCAGCUCUGUCCUAUUGAAGCAUGUCAUGUGGAUGUUAUACCUAUCGUGAUUCUUUUGUCUGUGAUUUUAUUUUAAGUGUAACAAAAAAGAAAUAUAAUAAAAUUCACAUUCUAUCUAAAUGUU